AUGUCUGCGGUGCGCAAGAAGUUUGGGGAUGAGUACCAGGCAGUGGGCCUGACUCGCAGCAGCACCCGCAGAGAGCGGCAGCGCUUCGUGGACAAGAACGGGCGCUGCAACGGGCAACACGGGAACCUGGGGGGGGAGGGCAGUCGCUGCCUCGCCUGGCUGGUCAUGGCCUCGAUGUGGUGGGGCAUCGCCUACCUGCGAGGUGACUUGCACCGGGCACAUGAUGACACCUACAGUCCGUGUGUUGCCAACGUGUACAACUUUCCCUCCGCCUUCCUCUUCUUCAUAGAGACUGAGGCCACCAUUGGCUACGGGCACCGCUACAUUACUGAGCGCUGCCCCGAGGGCAUUGUGCUCUUCCUCUUCCAGUCACUGCUGGGCUCCAUUGUUGAUGCGUUCCUCAUUGGCUGCAUGUUCAUCAAGAUGUCCCAGCCCAAGAAGCGAGCUGAGACCCUCAUGUUCAGCCAUGCCGCAGUCGUCUCGCAGCGGGAUGGCAAGCUGUGCCUCAUGUUCCGUGUCGGCAACCUCCGCAACAGCCACAUGGUGUCUGCCCAGAUCCGCUGCAAGCUGAUCAAGUCCCGACAGACACCAGAGGGAGAAUUUCUGCCGCUAGACCAGUGUGAACUGGAUGUUGGAUUUGGAACUGGAGCUGACCAGCUGUUUUUAGUUUCCCCAUUAACGAUCUGUCAUGAAAUUACCUCAAAGAGCCCCUUUUUUUGUCUCUCACAAAGAUCACUAAGAAGCGAGCAAUUUGAAAUAGUUGUCAUCCUUGAAGGAAUCGUUGAGACUACCGGAAUGACGUGUCAAGCUAGGACCUCAUACACAGAAGAUGAAGUUCUUUGGGGUCACAGAUUCCUCCCAGUAAUGUCCCUAGAAGAUGGCUUUUUCCGUGUCGAUUAUUCUCAGUUUCAUGCUACAUUUGAAGUCCCCACUCCUCCUUACAGUGUUAAAGAGCAAGAGGAAAACCUGUCCCUAUCAUCUGCUUUGAAUAGUCCUGUCGAUAGUAACAAAACCAGAAGAGAACAGGUUUGUUCACUUGACUGUAUUGAUAUUGCAGGAGAGAAAAACAAGCGCCCUUUCAAACUUCAGAGGAUUAGCUCGAGAAAGGAAGACCUUCCCAGAAGAGCCCUGAGAAUGAGUUCCAGUAACACAAAGAAGACUUGCAGUACCGGCGAUCUCUUGAAAAUUCAAGAAAUAAGUCCCAUCUCUGACGAUGAAGACAGGGAUGACAGGAUUCAAGUGAAAGCCUUAAAAAUAAAUGCUGAGGCUUUGACUUGGUCUACCAAUGAUCUCGAGUUGCAGAAGAACCCUCCAAGUAUGUGCGCUCUAGAGAUGAAAUUGGAAGAUAAUUUUCCUGCCAAACUCAGAAAAAUGAACUCUGAUCAUCUCUCUUAA